AUGAGUCCUACCUAUGAGCAAAAUAUGCAGAUGGAUAAUCCUGAUUCACGAUCUCAAAGUGAUUCAAUGAAUGAAAGUCCUAAACAUGCACGUAUCAAUGAUGAUAUAAAUCCUCCACCACUACCACCAAAUUCUUCCUCAACAACAAAAUCAUCUUAUCUCGUUCAACAACAACAAUCAGAAGCAGAUGUGACUGUUAUCGGCGAACAAAUGCAUCCGAAUUUCGAAGAGAAUAAUAAAAAUGAUCAAAAUAGUAAUUUUUCUCUAACCGCCACUACAACAACUGUACAAUCAAUUCCAUCACAAGAAGAAUUAUCAUCAACGAUAUCACCUUCAUCAUUAGUCAAUCACUUACUACACAUUCAUAAUCUAAUAGAUAAAUCAAUAUUUGAUGAAAAUAUGGAACAUAGUCUCCAUUUUCUGUUAUCAAUAUUGAACGAUAAUUCAGCUGUUUCUGUUGUAUCAGCGAAUUUGAAUUUAAUAUUAGGUUUAUUAACAUUACUAAAGAAUUUGAUUACUGAUAGAACAACAUAUUCUAUAAGGCAAUUAAUUUAUUCACUACAUGAUCAUCCAAAAUUAAAAAAAUUACAAAUAACAGAUCAAGAUGAAGACGAAAAUAUCGAUGAAAACAAGGAAAUUGAAGAACAAUCACCAUCUUUAUUAUUACCUCAAAGAACUUUAUCUUAUUUGAAUAUUAAUAAUACUCAUGAUCAAAUAAAAUUAGAACAGAAUCCACCACUACCUCCUUCAUACCGACCAACUCUUCCACCUCCAUUGAUUCAACCAUUUUAUGCAUCUUUUCCUACGCAACCAUCAUUAAUGAAUUUUGCACAACGAAAUUAUCAGCAACAAAGAUCUCAUAAUCCACAACAGCCACAAUUUUAUAAUGAUAAUCUAAGGCCACCAUUUCCUCCAUCGACAGUAUAUCGUCAUUUUUGA